GAGCAGUGGCGGCUCGGUCGCUGUAGGAAUUGGACGCACUUGACGGGCUGACGGCAGUGUUCGCGCUAACGUCGUUGUAGUCGCUCGUUCGCGGUCGCUGCUCUGAUAUAAUAUCUCGUCGGCCUUGGUAUCUAUUUUGAAUCGUUGUGGUGCGACACGCACUCCGACCCACGUAUUAAACAACAACACAACAAUGUCGACGGCAAUAGAAAACAGUUUGACGGUAGACACCCGUGUCAACGGACACGCGGGAUACAUCAAUGGCAACGGCACGAGCAACGGCACCCCCACCAACGGCUCCUGGGAGCAGCAGUUCUUACCGCCCCCUCUGCAGCUCGAUGACAGAGCACGAGCUAUUAAGAUAGACUCCCGUCUCGCAGGACUGGUGCUCUGUGGGGCGACGUUGCGUCGUGUAGGCGAAGUUUUUUCACGAGAAAUUGAAAAUGGCCUGCGCGAGCGACCUUCUAGUCUCCAAAUGGAGAACACAUAUGUUCCUGAGCUUCCUGACGGAACUGAGGAAGGAGUGUUCCUGGCACUCGACCUUGGAGGUACUAACUUCCGCGUGCUAUUGCUGGAGCUUCAAGCCGGUCAGCUCGUUCGAGAAGAUGUCAAGCAGUAUCAUAUUAGUGACACCCUACGCCUCGGACCAGGCGAAGAUCUAUUUAACUUCCUGGCUGACUGCGUGCAGGAUUUCUUGCGCACUGAGGGCAUGGAGAAUGAUGAACUAUCCCUGGGAUUCACAUUUUCGUUUCCAAUGAAGCAGCAUUCGAUAUCAUCCGGCGAGCUGAUCACGUGGACUAAGAGCUUCAAGUGCGGCGGUAUGGAGGGUGUGGACGUGGCGGCACUGCUGCAGCGCUGCCUUCGCGCGCGCGGUCUGCGCGUCACCGUACAAGUGCUGCUCAACGACACCACGGGCACGUUAGUUGCAGGCGCUCAGCUCGACCCUGAAGUUGCGAUCGGAGUAAUAAUGGGCACUGGCUCCAACGGCUGCUACAUGGAGCGCGCGGACCGCGUGCAGCACUGGGAGGCCGCGCACGAGCGAGUGCAGGACGUGUGCGUAGACAUCGAGUGGGGUGCCUUCGGGGACAACGGCUGCCUCUCUUUCUUACGUACUGAGUGCGACAAGGAGGUCGAUGACAACUCGCUUCUCGCUACAUCAUUUACUUUUGAGAAGUACAUCGGCGGUAAAUACCUGGGGGAGCUGCUGUGUGCGGUGCUGGGCGGGCUGGCGCGGGACGGUCUGUUCCCCGCAGCGCCCGCGCGUAGCUCGUUACUGUCGGCACAUGUCAGCCUCUUCGAGGAAGAGAACGUGGCGGGCGCGCAUUCGCGCACGGCGGAGGCGCUGCGGGACGCGUGCGGCUGCGCCGUGUCGCGGCAAGACGCGUUCGUGGCGCAGCACGUCGCCAGGGUCAUCUCCAACCGCGCCGCGCAGCUCGUGUCUGUCUGUAUCGCGACACUGUUGCGCCGCAUGUCGCGCGCUCACGUGUCCGUGGCGGUGGACGGGUCAGUGUUUAAGCGUCAUCCACGUAUCCGCGCGCUCAUGGAGAGGUAUAUCGCGCUGCUCGCACCAAACCAUAAGUUUACGUUGCUGGGCGCGGAAGACGGCAGCGGCAAGGGCAGCGCGCUCACCGCCGCCAUCGCCGCCAGGAUCGCCGCGCGCACGCCCUAGUUCACCACCUUCCACUUACGGGCGCUUCGACCAUCACACUCAUUCAUAAAUAAGAAUUGUAGUCAUUUCAGAGAAGUGAAAGAGAGCGCGAAAGAGAGUUAUGUUAUGACCAAUAUUAUAUUGACAUUGCAAUUAGACACAAGACAAAUUGUUUUAUGUCUAGUUUCUGAAACAUUGGUCAAAGCAAAUAGCUAAUUACUAAAAACUACAAAUGAGUUGUUUAUUAUGCAACCAUAAAGUUACAUAUUAUUAGCAAUAUUAUAUAGAGCUACAUAUUGUCAGCAAUAUUUCCUUUAUUUUUGAAUAGUGAUAAUGCUAUUUUUAAUUUUAUUUAUAUAUCUGUAUAAGCUCAAGAGACAUUUGCGUACAAUAUAGUCUGUGAACUGCGUGAGUACAUUUCGACUUUUAAAAGAUUUGACAUCGUGAUUACACUAACUUUAAUGCCAUGUUGUAUAGUGGACUGUUAAAGACAUUAAUUGUAUUGAAGCUGCAGCACCUUGAACAUUUUAAAAUAUGUAUUAUAUUUUUUCCUGAUCGUGUGAUUUUAACAACCUCGGGCUCCGAAAGAUGUCCAUCCUGAGGGCGUUUCCUAUAAGAUCACACCUCGGGCCUGGAUUCGGAUUAACUGUUCGGAGUAAUACGUGUUCAGUUGGAUCUGUUGCAUUGACAAUAAUUUGUAAUGACGAACAUUUACACAUUCCACGAGAUUUUGCAGUUCUUAUUUAUACAUAAGAUAUUUAUCUCUGCCUACUAAGCCUUCAAUCGCCGUAAGAUUAUUAUUAUUCACAUAUCUACGACUAUUAUAAACAUUUCCGGUAUCAUCAUCCGCGCCGUGAUUCAACGCGUCUGCGCCAUGACAUACUUAUGGAACAGUAAAAGUAAACUACAUUUAAAUAUCCCAAAGAUGCGUUAAGGCGGAUGCCUUUCCCCUUUUGAGGUUAGGAACUAAUUCAAUGAGGGUUGGUGGAUAUUGGAACAGUGAUACCGGAAUAAUAUGUUGUAAAAAAAUUAAUGGAAACCGAAAUAGUUCAUUUUAAUAUAAACAUUUUUUCACAAAUUAAUAUGGCCAUGUCUCGUUCUAAGGCUAGGCCCCAAAGUCUGAAGUGUUGUGUGCAUGCGUGUGUGUUUCGUAGCUCGCGGGUCGAGUUGUUUGAAGUGUUUUUUGUAGUAAAAUAUACAAGAAAUAAAUAACGUUAGUUAUUAGAAAGUAAGAUACUAUUUUUCGUGCCAUACUCAUUAGAUAUAGUUUUAAUCGGACGGGAAAGAUUUAUAUUAGAUUUGGUCGUAAAAUAAUUGUAAGAAUUCAAACAGAAUUAACAGAGGAUAAAUGUAAGUUUGUCCCUUUCAAAUUGUUUGGUCGAAAGGCUGUGACGUCACAAAUUAGGUUCAAAUUCGACAUUUUACUGUAUUGUUUUAGUAAUACUUGAAAUAUUAUAAGUAAACUAUAAUUGUAUUUAUAUUUUACACUACAUGCAAGCAUUAUAUUGUUUUAGAGUAAGGUCUUCCAGAUUGUGUUAAAUAAAAAAAAAUUCAAGACAUUUUGACACCUAAAUAGUCAAUGCAUUCCCUGGAUUACUUAAUUCAACCAGUUUAAAAUAAAAUAGAUCCAAUAAAAAAAAAUCAUUAAUUAUCAUCAAUUAUGCUAUUAAAAAAAACUAUUUGUGACGUCACUGAUGUGCUUAACAGUUUUCAUUCAUUGGCAAAGUGACAUCAGAGUGAGGUUACUCCAGUGAUUUUUUGUAAGAUUUAGACGUGUUGUUUAAAUAUAAUUAAUGCAUUACAUUAUUUCAUAAGUAUCAGGGUUGGGUAGGAUAGAUAUUAAAUGAAAACAAAAGACUAUUUUACGGCAACUACAUAAAUAUAUGGAUAUUGUAUUUUAUAUAACUAUUUACAUAAAGUUACAACAAAAUGUUUAUAAUUAGUCUGUAAUAGAAACUCAAAAUGGAAAUAAAUAUAGUUCUAUUAUCAAAGUUAGUACUCUACUUAGCGUAGCUAGCAAGAUCGGUGAUGUGUUUGUUAUAGUAACACAUUAAUUACAUUCGUUUGUUAAAAGUGUUUACUACAUACUUAUUGUAAUUAAUUAUAUUUUACAUUAUUAAAAAUAAAACUCGCAGCUUUAUAUUUUAAUUUUAUCUGUGAAAUUAUGUUGUUUUAUAAUUUUAAGACAAAAAUGAAUAAAUAAUCGAAUUUUCUGA